AUGAGCCACAUAGCUGCCAAGGAAAAGCUUAAGAAGGGUCAAUCUACGGACGUCUUGCACAUGAGGGUCAAAGAAGGGAGCAAAAUACGGAAUUCACUCUGUUUUACCUCAGCUCAAAUGGAAGGUGACGGGUGCGGUUGCUUCACUGGCUCAGACAGGGGAGUGACAAAGACCAUCACCUGUCUUCACUGCAUAGCAGUGAGUGAGGUUUGGGAGAGUUUCCAGCAGGGGCAAUCAGGGAGAACUAUACAGAAGACGGUUCCUGUCAUAUGGCUCUUGCUCUCUCAAGACCCACUGGAUCCUAGUGAACUGGGAUACCAACCUCCACUGUCUGCUACAGAGGAGGACGUAGAGAGGUGUGAUGCUGAAAGUCCCUCACAAGAGACUCCAGCCAAGAGACUCUGUGUGGAUGCACUUGCUCCCUAGUUUCUCUGUGGGAUAGGUUUGUUUGUUUUCCACGAAAAGUGCUGCUUUUAAAGCAGAACAGAAAAAAAAAUAUAUUGAAUAUAAAUUAUUGAAGUGUGAAAUUAGUCUGAUUCUGUCCUUUCAUUGCGGAACAGAAAAUAUGUGCGUUUAAUCACAUUACAUUUAAGUUGAAUCUGUGUGCAUAAGCUUAAAUAUCAGGGUGGAAGUGUUUGGGCAACUUUUGCAUGCACAGAGCAUUUUUGUGCUUCAAUCCUUAAGUUUUUUGUUUGUUUGUUUGUUUGAAACUGGUGUUUUCCAUCCACAUAUCUCAUUGACUCUCCUUCAGCAUGGAUGUUUUGCUUAUGACGAUUACAUUGCAUAGUGCGGUGCAUCUGGAAUU